GCAGGGCAGGCAAGCAUUGUGUUGGAAGACUGAUAUUGAUACAGUAUGGAACAGCAACCAGAACCAACCAAUGACUCUUUGACAGUUGAUAGUAUUUUGGAAAACACUGCUGUGAUAGAACAAGAUAAUUGUAACUCCUUAGCUACUAAAACGUUUUCUGUUCAGACAUCAGACUCUGGUAUGGAAACGCUGCAACUUACUACAGUUAUCAAUAAUGAAGUUGAUGCUGAAAUCUAUGGGUGUAGUGAACAUCAGCCAGGUAUUGAAGAUUUCACAGGUGAGAAAGAAGGAAAUGGAAAUUUGCUGCCAAAAGGCCCAGAGAAGUUUAGUGACACAGAUGUAACGUUUCAAAAACCAGAAGCAAAUAUUUGUGACUUAAAAACUGAUUUGACAAGACAAGCUAUUGAGCAGAAGUCCAAUGAGGAAGAGAUGGAGGUUUCAGUGGCUGCCCACAUCCAGUCCUUUAAUUUAAUGAACUUGCAGAUUCUUGAUGGAACACAGGAAGCAGCAGGCUUGCUUGUUGAGAAAGAUGGAACCCUUCCUCAGGUUCAUGUGACUGUGAAGAGUGAAAUUCAGGAGAGGGGUGUUAUCGAAGGCAGUGACAAAAACACUUCAUCUAAAGACUCUUCAUCAGAAAGUGAUUCUGAUUCUUCCUCCUCCACAUCACCCUGUCUUGUGCUUUCUGAAGCAGAUGAUGAUGAUGAUGACUUUAUAGGGCCUGGAAAAGGGAGGAAACCACAGCCUUUAAAAACUAAAGAUGAAAUUCUACCAGAGGAACUCCCCAGUGUUGAAGACGAGACAAUUAUUCUGCCUGAAGAUGUUGAAAUAAAGCCAAUUGGAUUUGUGUCAAGUAUAAUUGAACAAUUAGGUAUGUACAUUUUAUUCAUGUCCCUGUAGAUACCCUGUAUCUCAGAAAUCAUUUGGUACAAAUGUUGUGGUAUUUCUCUGGUGAUGCUGAAUUUAUUGCUUAAGUUGUAUGGUAUGUUUAAACAACAAAACACAUAAAAUUUACUGUUUCAAAUUCUGUGUACCAUGUACUGUGUUAUCACGUUGUCUUAUAUAUUUUUAUCUGACACUGAAUUUUGUAAAUGAGAGAUUAUAUAAUUGAGCAAGACAAAAAAGACUUUACAGUGAAGCUAAAUAAAUAAAACAAAAAAGCAUAAAGGAAUAAAUUAAGCGGACGUUAAUUAUUUAUGUUAAUGCAACAUUUAUAAGCUUUUAGAUAUCGGAGAAUUGUAGUUGAAGUUUGCGGUUUCCUCAUAAAAUUCAGUUCAUUAAGUAAAGGUUAUAGCUCAUCUGAUGCAUGUUCAUUUAUUCUGCUCCAUUCAGGUGAUUGCAAUAAUACAAUAAUAUAAUGCAUGGGAACUACGCUAAGUAAUCUGUCAUUAGAUGUAUGGCUGGUUUCAUUGACCUGGAAUAGCAGUAAUAUCAGAUUAUCUUACCACCGGUAACAUUGGGUUAGUACUAAUUGGUGUCAGUGAAACCAGCCGCAGCAAUUCUAUUGCAUAG